AUGGCCGACAACAACUAUUGGUACUUGGUACCUCAACCCACCCACCAUAUCCUGACUUACGACAAAAUCUACCAAAGAUGCACUGCGAACUUGAGCAAUGGAUUCCUCGAUUUUCGUGGAUACUUUCGCGUUAUAUGCCUCUGGGGUGGGGAGGCACGCUUCAUUCAAGAAGAACACGCCACAGGCCAAUUGUUCAGGGCGUGGCGCAAGAACAACCCGGCCGCCGUCUUCGACUUCCGCCAGCGGGCCAUCAAAGCUGGCUACUGGGAUCCCAUUACAAACGAUCUCCGACGUACCAUCUUCUACUACGGGCAGUAUUUCCAGCGUGUCAGUUUAUACCAGGCCGUAGAGGUCUUUUCACACAACCCUCAGCCUGAACAUGCCAAAAAAGCACAUACUCUUCCCUUUGCGGAGAAGUGGCCUGCGUCUCGGGAACUGUGGACGGCCACCGGGGGACUUGGGCUGGGCCGCAAUCUCGAGACCACCAAAUCGGGCAUCGAUGACCGACCCGUUAGUUUUGACUCCAAGGCUUAG